UAUUAAUUACUAAAUAAAUGAAAAGUCUGUCGUUAACUUUACCAAUAUUUAGUUUAUUAUUAGUCAAAAAUUAUUUCAAUCCAAUCUUAGCACAGCGGACAAUGACUACCUUAGCUGGAGUUUAUUCUGUAGCCUAUGUUACAGUUCCUGAUAUUGAUGUUGCAAAAAAACUCGCCCACGGAUUGGUCAAAAAUAAACUAGCAGCCUGUGUCAAUAUUAUUCCACAAGUAACAUCAGUUUAUGAGUGGAAAGAUGAAAUUAAUGAGGACCAGGAACUUCUUUUGAUGAUUAAAACAAGAACAGAAACUAUUGGAAACUUAACAAAUUUUGUCAGAAAUAAUCAUCCUUAUGAAGUUUGUGAAGUAAUAUCUCUUCCCAUCAAUGAUGGGAAUGAGCCAUAUUUAAAUUGGAUUGGAAGUAUUGUUCCAUCAUCAAAGAAAUAAAUUUUUAAUUUAUUAAAAAAUAAACUUAUUUAAUAUUUUAUUUA